CUGGGAAACAUAAUCAGUAGUUCUUUGAUCGUCUGAUCUGUCGGGCGGCAGACACUGCUCACGAAAUCAGUUAUGAAAAAGUGCCGCGCCUCCUGCAGGAUUGCGAUUAUCGGAGGAGGUGCCUCGGGCGUAGCGGCUGCCACGCGGCUCAUGGAGAAUGGCUUCUGUCAUGUACAGAUCCUGGAGGCGGAGGACUACAUCGGUGGAAGGAUCCGUACCAUACCAUUCGCAGAUAACGUUGCCGACCUGGGUGCGCAAUGGUGCCAUGGAAUGAAAAACAACUGUGUCUACGACAUGGUCAAGAAUUUGGAUGUCGUGACGCCUACUGGAGAUUUCUUUAACGAUGUGGCUAUGGUACGAUCCAACAAGGAAGUAGUUCCUUCAGAGCUUGGACACAAAUUUCACGAGAUGGCCUUUGGUAGCAUGCCAAAUGAUACGACACCUGUUGUAGGAUGUAUGGGUAGCUACCUGGUGGAACACUUCUGGAAGGAAAUAGAAAAGCAGAUUCCCGACGUCGAUCGUGAGCUGGCCGCCGAGUUUCUUGAGUCCUUCCAGAAACACGAAAGCUCCAUCGAGGGUUCCGACAAUCUCUUUGAGAUUUCCGGGCGCGGUCAUCUGGAGUACGAGGAAUGUGAAGGCGAUCAACUUGUCCACUGGCGUACCAAAGGAUAUGCGAGGUUCCUUCGGUUACUGAUGAAAGUUAGCGAAGAUGAGCCCAGCCAGCUGGGAUUGCUCAAUGGAUGUGUGAAACUGGGAAAGAAAGUGACUCAAAUCCAACUACUUCCAGGCCGUAAAGUUCAGGUUAAAUGCGAGGAUGAGUCCUUCAAGGUGGACCAUGUUAUCUGCACGGUGUCGCUGGGAGUUCUGCAAAAGGACAUGGAUACCCUGUUCAGUCCACCCCUUCCUCCAGCAAAAGUAAAUGCCAUCCGGAGCCUCAGACUCGGAACUGUCGAUAAAAUAUUCUUUGAGUAUGACACGCAUCCCUUUCCCAACAACUUUGUAGGCUUCUUUCCCCUUUGGAUAGAAAAGGAUUUAAAGGAGCUGCGAAAAUCGAAGCAUGCCUGGUUGGAGGGCAUUACUGGCAUUCACAAAAUUACUUGCCAGCCUCGGGUGGUGCUGGCUUGGGUGGGUGGAGUCCAUGGACGAAAGGCGGAGUUGCUAACGGAUGCAGAGUUCUUGGAAAGCAUGCAGUGGCUCUUCCGGAAGUUCCUCAGUUUCGAGAUGCCGGAACCCAAGCGCUUCAUGCGAACAAAAUGGCAUCAGAAUUCAAACUUUCGCGGGAGCUACAGCUAUCGCACAACGACAGCCGAUGAGAAUAAUACAGGUCCUUGGGACUUGGCAUCCCCCAUCAUGGGCGAAGAGAACCAUCCAAGCCUAAUGUUUGCCGGGGAAGCAACCAGCAGGACUCAUUUUUCUACGGUCCAUGGAGCAGCGGAGGCAGGAUGGCGCGAGGCGGAUCGCUUGAUAGAAUAUUACGCUAUCUGUAACUGAUAUUCUCUUUAUCUUUGAUCCUUGGAUACAAAAUUCUCAAUCUUUUGUUAAAUAAUAUUGAAUUUAUUUCAAAUACCAGUUUUUGUAGUUCACUGAAUUAAAUUUUUGUAUAUUUUAUAAAAAAAA